CGCCGCCGCCGGGGGCAGCUGUGGUGCCCGCCUUCACUAGCGCCCAAGAUGGCAGCGGUGGCGCUGCUUCGGGGAGCGGCUGCGGGGCGCAAAAGCCCGGCAUGGCAGUGGCGGCCGAGCGGGACCACGAGACACUGCCCAGUCCGUGGUUCCGGCCUUUUCCGCGGCAACUCCACGGAUAGUGUAGCCUGGACUUGCUUCCGGCUGGAUGGGCGCGCCUUAAUGCGCGUGCGCGGCCCGGACGCUUCACCCUUCCUGUUGGGACUAUUGACCAAUGAGCUGCCGCUUUCGGGGCCUCCGGCCGGCGCGACUCAGCCCUCUGCGCGUGCGGCCUAUGCCCAUUUCCUAAAUGUGCAGGGGCGCACGCUCUAUGACGUCAUUGUGUAUGGACUCCCAGAGUGUACCGAGGAGGCACCAGGCUUCCUCCUCGAGUGUGACAGCUCUGUGCUGGGCACCCUACAGAAGUACCUCACCAUGUACAAGAUCCGGCGGAAGGUCGCCGUGGAGCCACACCCGGAGCUCCACGUGUGGGCUGUGCUACCUUGUGCCCCCCAAACCUCUGAGGCUGCACCUCUAGAAGAGAGGGUAGAAGCCACCACCAUGCUUAUCCGUGACCCCCGGACUGCACGUAUGGGGUGGCGGCUUCUCACUCAGGAUGGUGGCCCAGCUGUGGUGCCCAGGGGACAGCUUGGGGACCUCCAAGAUUAUCACAUAUACCGGUACCAGCAAGGCAUCCCUGAGGGAGUCUGUGAUCUUCCCCCAGGGAUGGCCCUACCCCUGGAGUCCAACCUGGUCUUCAUGAAUGGCGUGAGCUUCACUAAGGGCUGCUACAUUGGGCAGGAGCUGACGGCCCGAACCCACCACACAGGUGUCAUUCGAAAGCGCCUCUUCCCUGUGAAGCUUGAAGGCCCCCUUCCUGCCAGUGGCAUCAGUCCUGGCACCUUAGUGACGGUGACUGCAACAGGCCAGGCAGCGGGCAAGUUCAGGGCUGGCCAGGGACACAUAGGACUGGCUUUGCUGCGGUCAGAGACAAUCAAGGGUCCUCUCCACAUCAAGACCUCGGAGAGCCAACUGGUGGCUGUGACUGCCAUGGUGCCAGACUGGUGGCCCACAGCUGCCAAGUAGCUGGAUGCUCUGGAGCUCCACUGGCCUUAGAGUUACCAGAUGCCUUCGAGCCCUGCCCAAGGUCAUCUUCUCUGUGUGCUGUGCCAUGUUGGGUGUGAGUUCCUCCUCCUGUGGUGGCCUCCUGGAGCACACCCACGAGGAAAGUUCCGUGUGUUCCAGGCUAGGGAUUGGCCGAUGCUUCCUAGAGGGUCCCACUCUUGUGGGCCGUCCUCUCUCGAGAAGUCUAACUGAGAGCAGAGUGACCACCUGAUGCUGGGAGAGGGACGGGGCUGAGCUCCUGUUUGGACCAGAUUUCAGAACGAGACUUGAUACAGUCCACACGCCAAGGUCGUGGCCUCGAGGAUGAGGCCUAUGUUGGGCGCCAGGUCCCUAACCUUGUUUCCCCUUGGAGGAAGGGACUCUGUGUGCCUGCAAGGUUCCUGGGCCGGGCUUGUGUUCUCUUGAAAUUCAUCUCAGGGCAUAGAUUGUAUAAGUUCUGUGCAGGGUUGGGAGGUUGGAUCCCUUGGAUUGGGAGAUGUGUUCUGUGAGCUGCAGGGACUACAUGUUUACUGUCCCAAGAGCUCUUUCGUUCCUCAAAGUGAGCUGCUGUCUUUUGGUAUUCCCCUGGAAGCUCUAGGAGGGUUGGAGCCCAGGGCUCAGGUCCAUCUGGGAGUGGCUUCUGCUCAGCUAACCUUUUUGCUGGGUUGGGAUAUCACGAUGCUUUUAGUAGGGAGUGACUUGCUGGCCACUGGUGGGGUGGCCUCCCUCUGAACCACUUUCUAACCUUUGUAAUGUGAAGUGGGGGUCUCUCCACAAAACCCAAGGACUAGUAAAGUGUGGUGUGCAAACAGCCCUCUUGGAACUCUUGUUUCAUUUCGGGCAGGUCUGGUAGAGCAGACCAUGAGACAGCUGUCCCUGGAGCCAACCACCAGAUGGAAGAAUUCCACUACUGCAGCUGUGUAUCCCUGGUUGGUCUUGAGCUUGAAAUUCUCCUGCCUCAGCUUCAUGAGUGCUAGGUUGAUAGGCAUGCACCACUGUGUUCACAGAAGAUGUGUUUUGUUUUAUGUUUAUGUGUGUGUGUGUGUGUGUGUGUGUGUGUGUGUGUGUGUGUGUGUGUGGAUGUCUGGGUGCCUAUAAAGAACAAAAGGAGGGUAUCACGUACCCUGGAGUUGGACUUACAGGUGGCUCUGAGCUGCUGGAUAUGCACAAUGGGAAACAAACUUGUGUCCCCUGC